AUGGCGGCGGGGCCUCUGGAGGACAAGCUGGUGUGCCCCAUCUGCCUGGAGCUGUUCGAGGAGCCGGUGACGCUGCCGUGCGGCCACAGCUGCUGCCGGUUGUGCAUCGAGGGCCACUGGGGCCAGCGCCAGGCCGACACCGACUGCCCGGCCUGCCGGGCCCGCUUCCCCCGCCGCCCCGACCUGCGCAAGAACGUGGCCCUCAGCGACGUGGUGGAGGCCGUGCGGGCCGGGUUGACCUCUGACCCCGCCCCGGGCCUAGGCCCAGGCCCGGGGCCCCGUUGCCCGCGGCACGGCCGGGCCGUGGAGCUCUACUGCCAGACGGAGAGGCUGUGCAUCUGCUGCGCCUGCACCGUGCACGGUUGCCAGGGACACCGGCGGGUGCUGAUGGACACCGAGCGCCUCAGCCGGGAGGCGCACCUCAAGGAGAGCCUGGCGGAGAGCCGGAGGCAGGCCGUGGGCGCUCAAGAUCAGCUCCACCAGCUGCAGCAGCACAGUGACGAGAUCGAGGACUCUGCCUCUACCCUGAUCGUGACCGUCACCAACAAGCUGUCCUCCCUCCUGCGGGCCGUGGAGUCCUGGCGGGAGGAGGUGCUCCGGGGCCUCACGGGGGCUAAGGCCGCCGCCCUGGACCAGGCCCGGGACAACGAGAACCAACUUCGGGAUCACCUGGGCGACCUAGCCCGGUACCAGCAGCAGAUCGAGGAGCUGCUGGCCUGCCCCGACCACGUCAGUUUCCUCCAGGAGUCGGUGCGGCUGGCGGCCCCGGCGGCCCUGGCUGCGCUGCCCCCGCCUCAGUGGGACGAAGCCGGCCUGCGGGACGGACUGGAGGCCGUGCUGGCCCAGCUCUUCCGACUCCUGCUGCGCGAGGCCCCCCAGCCCCCGAGCCCCGCUCCCGCCGCCAGCCCAGAGGAGACCUCCAGAUCCACCCCAGUGUCCUCCAGCCCACAGUGCAGACAGAGGAGAGAACUUCAGAAGAAUUACCGCAACCUGACCUUCGACCCCGACACGGCGAACCGCUACCUGGCCCUGUCCUGCCAGAACCGGCGGGCCUCCCACGGGCGCAGGGCGGCGGAGCGAGGCCCGGGCGGGGACGGGGAGCGUCCCGGCCGCUUCGAGCUCUGGCAGGUGCUGUGCGCCCAGAGCUUCAAGGCCGGCCGCCAUUACUGGGAGGUGCGCCUGUCUGACCACGCCGUGGUGGUGGGCGUGACCUACGCCGAGCUGGAGAGACGCAAGCGGGGCCACAACCCCAACAACAUCGGGCGGGGGCCCUGCUCCUGGGGGUUGCAGGUGCUGGAGGACCACUACGAGGCCUGGCACGACGGGCAGAGCCAGCGGGUCGCAGACCCCCAGGGCCCGCCCACGCGGCGUCUCCUGGGCGUGGAGCUGGACCUGGCGGCCGGCUGCCUGUCCUUCUUCGGCCUGGAGCCCCAGACGCGGCUCCUCCACUCCUUCUCCGGCUCCCUGUUCACCAAGCCCCUGCACCCCGUCUUCUGGCUGUGCGAAGGGCGGACCGUCACUCUGUGCCAGCUGCCCGAGCCCCCCGCCGACCCCGUGUGAGCGGCUCCGGCCUCGACUCUGGGCCCGGUUCCUCCUCCUCCUCCUCCUCUUGAGGCAGAUUCACUCAUUCAAUCGUAUUUAUUGAGCGCUUACUGUGUG